AUGGCAUCUAAAAAAGAUGUGAAAAGUUUAGAGAAGGAUGGAAAAGUUGUUGCAAAAUGGGGGGAUGACAGUAAAACAGAAAAUUUGCUGAAAAUUUGCAUUGAAGAAAUAGAAGCGGGUAAUAGGCCAACUACCCACUUCAGUAAAGAAGGGUGGAAGAAUAUUACUGAAAAAUUUCAAAAGAAAACCGGAUAUGCUUAUGAUCGCACUCAACUAAAAAAUAGAUGGGAUACAUUGAAAAGAGAGUUUUCGUCAUUUGUGAAGUUAGUGGAUAAGCAAACUGGAGUAGGAUGGGAUCAUGAAAAGAAAACUAUCAUGGCUGAUGAUGAUUGGUGGGCUGAAAAGAGUAAGGAGGAUCCAGAUAUUUUGAAAUGGAAACAUGAAGGACCUAAGUUUAUUGACUUUCUAGAUAAAUGUUUCAAGGGUGCCAUAGCUACUAGAUUCGCCCUUUACAAACCAUAUGAAGAGCAAUUACCAUGUGAAGGAUCAGAAUCUGUUUUUGAAGACGGUCGUGAGAAUAAAACAGUUACUAAGGAUGAAGGAGAUGCAUAUAAUUUUGAUGUUGGAAAUGAAGUACAACCCAACCCAACACCAAGUUCUUCCAAAAAGAGAAAGGAUUUAAGGACGGGUGACAAUUCAAAUAAGAGUUUGGGUGAGAGUUCAGAUGAUAGUUCAUAUGAGAGUGACAAUACUUCUGAAAUAGAUAUUGAAGUCCAACAGGUCAAUAGAAGUCAAUAUCAUAUUGCAACGGUGAUGGAUGCUUUUAUGGUUACAAACCAUGUUUUGAAAUGCAUUGUCAAAGAAAAGAAAACUACGUCAAUUCUCUCCGGCCAACUAUGGUUUAUAUAG